AUUGAAUUUAAACAGUGUGUGGCGUCCGGUAAUCCCAUACCUCAGGUCACUUGGCGUCUGUACGACAAUAUACCGGUGCCCGAGAGUUCCCGGUAUAGGACUGGCGAUUAUGUGACCCGCGAGGCUCUGCUCGUCAGUUAUGUCAAUAUAUCUAGCAUUACAUCUGAGGAUGGAGGAUUAUAUACGUGUUCGGCAGCCAAUGAUGUGACCGCUGUUGGACACACGGCUCGCAUUAAUAUAUACGGAAAGCCCAGCAUUAGACCCAUGCCUAACAUGACUGCUGUGGCGGGAGAGCGGAUGUCACUGACCUGUCCUACCGGUGGAUAUCCUAUUGAUGUCAUUAUAUGGGAGAGAGGUAUUGACAUUAGUGUCGCAAAGUAUUAG